ACCAAUCGAUCCUCGCCUCUAAUUACCUCCAGCUGGGGCCGAGCGGCGGUUUUACGCGCAGAUCGAAAGUUAAAGAUUGAAGGACAGCAGCUUUUUUUUGCGAUGAAAGCGAAGUGGUACCUCGGUAUUUUUUGGAGUGUUUUAUCACUUAAUCACCUCAGCUGCGCGCUGGACACGGACGAAUCUCCACUUAGGGUUCGGAAAAGAACCAGAUCCAAACCCACCAAACAUCCAGGGACAGGGGACCGAGGACCUUCUGCGCAGCUCCUACAUGCAGGCACUCAACUCGGUUCACGAGGGCCUUACCUUCCUCCUCUUCCCCUUCCUCCUCCGGCACCUCGAUCCGUGCGUCCGGGCGACGCAGAGGCCGCGACCCCAGCGGACUUCGCGUACCUGCCGGACGUCUCCGUGACCUGCUCCACGUCAAACUUUGUCGUGCGGGUCAAACCAUCUUUCUACGGUCUGGGCGCCGAAGCCGAGGAGCUCAAAUUAGGCAGCAACUGCCCCAGCAACGGGGUCCUCAGGCCGUACGGGGACCUGCUCUUCACGUAUCCUCUGACGUCUUGCGACGCCGUGCGCGAGUCGCCCUGCGGUUAUCUGAUCUACAAAUUCGUGCUCCAUUAUGAGCCUUCGCCAAAACGUUUUCCCGGCAGAGCGCACCGGAUCGAUGUCGACAUUGAAUGCCGCUAUCACAGGAACCACCAUGUGUACCAGCUGGCUGUGCAGCCCACGUGGGAAACGACUGUCGUGCGUAAAAGGCUGAAAGGAGGCCCAAGUGACUUCCUGAUGGAGUUGAUGGAUGAUACAUGGAGCAGACCAGUCAAGUACCAAGAGUACCAGAUUGGAAAGACCAUCAACUUGCAGAUCUCUGCUCCUCACGUCACAACUACCGGGAAGGUCUACAUCAACACCUGCUACGCUACACCCUCCAGUGGCUUCACGUCAUCCCUCAAAUACGCCAUCAUUGACAAUUUUGGCUGCAUGUUGGACAGUAAGAGCGACCCGGGGGGCUCUCAGUUUAUCUCUCGGACGGACGACACCCUGAGAUUCUCCCUCAAGGCUUUCCAGUUCACGUUCGACCCCUACGCCGAGGUCCAGGUUCACUGCAAAGUGUCGGUCAUCGCCGAGGACCCGGGUCCUACCCACAAGUCCUGCACCUACGUAGCAAACGGCUGGAAGGCCCUCGCUGGGGAUGACUCUGUCUGUGACUGCUGUGAUUCACAAUGUGUGAGUUCUAAAGCCCGGCGGGCCUUGAUGGAAGGCUCUGCCAGCAGUGGUCCACUGUUGGUCUCCGACCAGCCGUACUCUGCAGAAGAUGGCGAGGCCACAAUGAAUCACCACGAGCCAAACCGUAACGAGGACUUUCGGGAAAGUCCGGAUUCAGUAGAGUACGAUUACUACGAAGAGCAGGACUACACAGAUGAAGAGGACGGCGGCUUCAUCCUUGGAGCGAUGCCAGAACCUGAUUUGGACGAGUUGGGUUUUCAGGGAAGGGCCUUUACGGACGAGAAAGAGUUCGAAGUGAAGUAUUCAAAUGGGUUUGAAGAGGAUGGGUUAGAGUAUGCAGUAGAGGAGAGUGAAGAAGAGAUUGAUUGGGGCCAGAAGGAAGCCCAAGUUGCAGAAAUGUUCCCUCCAGAAGAAAGUCCACAGAUGCCCGUAUCCGAAGAAGAAAAUCUGAGGCAUACAGGCAGAGGAGGAGGAGAAGAGGAAGAGGAUCUGUGGACGGCCUCUGAGGGGGAGUGGAAUGAUGAUGGUCAGGCAGAUUUAUUAGAUGACGGUGAAAUGACCUGGUUUUUCUCAUGGAGGUAGCAUUAGUUCCAUGAAUAUACGUAUUCUGCUUAAAGACUUUUGUAACUCUUCAUGAUGGACAAAUAUUCAAACUUAUUUCAAUAAAAAAUAAAUGCAGUUGGA